AUGGCUGCCAGUGAUGGUCUACUGGGUGUCAGCUUUUAUUGGCACGAUACAAAGCGAAGUGCCAAGCUCUGCUGCCUCGAUUCCCCGAGCAGAUUCGGCCUCUGGAAUAAAAGCUUGCAAAAUGUCUCGCACGAGCACAGAGACAUAGCAAUGCUGGGCUGGAAGGAGGAAGUGCAGUGGAGAGGGGAGGGACCGCGCGUGGAGUUCCAGACUGCAGCCGCGGCGCUGAGAACUUGUGCGCAUGGAGCGGCGGGGGACAGCUGGAAGAGCUUCAUACUGCAAACUCAAGGAAUAGCAGAGUACCUGCACAGGAUGGAGACUGGGGAGGCACAGGAAAUGUCCCAGAUAACAGGAAGGGACAGCCCGAUGAAUGCUAAUGAAGGGGGAGAGGAUCAAGAUGAGGCCAUGCCUGUUCCUGAAGACUUGUCAGCAAGCACUGGCCUCCAACACAACAACCGCAUAGAUAAACCACUGGCCUGUAAUAUAAAAGUUGAGGCUCGGAGUGACGAGGAAAACGGUCUGUCCUGUGAGAUGAAUGGAGAGGCAGAGGAAUGUGCAGCCGAGGACUUGCGCAUGCUCGAUGGCUCUGGGGCCAAAGUGAACGGCUCCCACGCAGGCCCCGACAGCAAGCCGGCCGUCUACCCCACUGCCGGGGGCAUCCGCCUCCCCAACGGGAAGCUGAAGUGCGAUAUCUGUGGGAUAGUUUGCAUUGGGCCCAAUGUGUUGAUGGUGCACAAGCGAAGUCACACUGAAGAAAGAAAGUCAGUUUUGGAAGAACAUAAAGGUGAAAGACCAUUCCAGUGCAAUCAAUGUGGUGCUUCAUUCACUCAGAAGGGAAACCUGCUCCGACACAUCAAACUUCACUCUGGCGAGAAACCUUUCAAAUGUCAUCUGUGCAACUAUGCUUGCCGCCGCAGAGACGCUCUUACUGGACAUCUGCGCACACAUUCGGUUGGAAAGCCCCAUAAGUGUGCAUACUGCGGGCGCAGUUACAAGCAGCGGAGCUCACUGGAGGAACAUAAGGAGAGAUGUCACAACUACCUGCAGUGCAUGGGCCUUCAGAACAGCAUUUAUACAGUGAAGGAAGAGAACAGCCAGAAUGAGCAGAGGGAGGACAUGCCUGCAUCUGAGAGGGCCUUGGUGCUAGACAGGAUAGCUAACAAUGUAGCUAAGCGUAAGAGCUCUAUGCCACAGAGGUUUGUGGGAGAGAAUCGUCUGUCAGAACUGUCAUUCGAGAGCGGCUCAAGUGAGCUCAUGCAGCCCCAUGUAAUUGAUCAGGCCAUCAACAGUGCAAUUAGCUAUCUGGGAGCAGAGUCCUUGCGGCCUCUGGUUCAGACCUCUCCUGGGUCCGCCGACAUGGUGGUCGGCCCACUAUACAACCUGCACAAGUCACAAACAGCUGAAGGCAAUGGCGUAUCUGCUAAAGACAGCGCUGCAGAGCACCUCCUGCUGCUCUCCAAGUCCAAAUCUGCCUCGGUUGACAAAGACGGUUCCCCCAGUCCCAGCGGGCAGGAUUCCACUGACACUGAGAGCAACAACGAGGAGCGUUCGGCUGGGGGAAGUGGAACAGCAGCUUCAGGCGGUCUCAUCUACCUGACCAAUCACAUGGCUCCAGGUAUGAGAAACGGAGGCCUGCCAGUGGUGAAGGAAGAACAGCAGCGGCAUUUUGAGGCUUUGCGAGCAGCAGGUAUGGAUUUGAGUAUAGCAUCAUCAGAAGGAUUUAAGGUGCUGAGUGGAGAAGGAGAAGAAUUGAGGGCGUACCGCUGUAUCCACUGCAGAGUUUUGUUCCUGGAUCAUGUCAUGUACACCAUCCAUAUGGGCUGCCAUGGCUUCCGAGACCCCUUUGAGUGCAACCUAUGCGGGUACCGCAGUCAGGACCGUUAUGAGUUCUCAUCGCACAUCACACGUGGAGAGCACCGCAUCUGAGUUAACACAGACAUUCUACAUACACACUUGGCCAAAUGUUCAAAGCAUACUGCUCUCAAACAUGAAAAAAUACAACAUUCCUGAAUUUAUUUAGACACUGUUCAAAUAUUGGAUUUUUAAUUUUUGAACAUUGGUUGAUUUGGACAUGUAUAUACAGUUAGCCUAUAUAUUUCACUGUGUUGUCUAUUUUUAUACAAUGGUGUAUGUAAACCACUAAGGAUUUAAAGAAGGAUUAAGAACUGUAAAUGAAAAAAAAAUGUAACAAACUGCAACUUUUAUAAAGGAUUGCAUCUGAAAUUGAUGUUUUUAUUUGACCCAAAGUUUCUGAAAUACUACUAGUGAAACAAUGCAUAUGAUAAAAAAUGAUACAAAAAUAAAAUAUUAUUUGCAAGAGGUGAUGUAAGGUCAUCUUAUGUAUCUCUCUCAUGUGUUUCAACUGUGUUCCAACAGUUUUAUAUAUAU